UUGCCCUUUUCAGUUUUCACUCUCUCUCUCUCUACAAAAGAACUAGAGAGAGAAGCAACGACGACUGCACCGUCCACAUCUAGUCAGCACCCAAUUUCAUACGCUCUUCGUCUGGUCUCUUUCUCUCUCCCUUUCUACCUUGAUUAAUCGCUAAGCAAAAUCACAAAUAUUCACCGAACAAACACAAGAUACGCCGAUUUUUCACACUUUCAGCUACAAAAUCGAUUGGAUCGAGUAGUAUUUUGGAGCAGAAAUGGCAGCGAAGCAGAAGUCGUCGUUGAUCUACGCGUUCGUGGCUCGAGGACCGGUGGUUUUGGCGGAGCACACAGAUUUCAGCGGCAACUUCAAUUCUAUUGCGUAUCAGUGUCUCCAGAAGCUUCCGGCUAACAGCAACAAUAAUAAGUUCACCUUUAAUUGCGAUGCGCAUACUUUUAAUUAUCUCGUCGACAAUGGCUUUACAUAUUGUGUGGUUGCUGAAGAAUCAGCUGGAAGACAGAUCCCCAUAGCUUUUCUGGAGCGUGUCAAGGAUGACUUUGUAUCCAAGUAUGGCGGUGGGAAGGCUACAACAGCUCCAGCCAAUGGGCUUAAUAAGGAAUUUGGUCCAAAGUUGAAGGACCAUAUGAAGUAUUGCAUGGAUCAUCCAGAGGAGAUAAGCAAACUUGCUAAAGUCAAAGCUCAGGUUUCUGAAGUUAAAGGUGUUAUGAUGGAAAACAUUGAGAAGGUUCUUGAUCGUGGGGAAAAGAUAGAACUUCUGGUGGAUAAGACUGAGAACCUUCAUCAGCAGGCUCAGGAUUUCAGGACCACAGGAACCAAAAUGCGAAGGAAAAUGUGGUUGCAGAACAUGAAGGUCAAGUUGAUUGUGUUAGCUAUUGUGAUUGCCUUGAUUCUCAUUAUAAUCCUUUCUGCCUGUAAGGGGUUCAAUUGUGGAAAGUGAGCAUAUGUUAGUGAUGAUGGUGAAUUUAUGGAAAGCAGCAGCUCUGUACUGUUUUUACUAUCGAAUGAUUGGAAUGAUGUUUUUCCUAAGCCUGUUAUUAUGUAUAUGUAUCAAGGGACAAGCAAUUUCCAGAUAUUGGCGAAUUGAUAAAUCUGUUUUUUGGGCAGUAGAGCUAAUAGCCUAGUAUAUAUGUAUUUUCAUUGCGUUGUCUGU